AUGGCCGUGAGCUACGUCGACGUCUCCUCGCUCGCCGCUUGCCUGCGUGGCAGCAGUCGUUCCAAGCGAGGCAAUCUCGCUGCUCGGUCCCUCGCCGUGCCCCCAGCGCCACCCAUCCUCGCUCGUUCGUCGGCUGUCUGCCGCCAUCGCAUCCUCCGCCCGCGCGAUACGCAGUCGAGCGUCCGCGCUCGUCGUUGCGGUCGUUCGUUCGUACAUUCCCUCGUACGCUCGACUCUUGGAUGGGUGUCGGAUGGAUGUGAAGCCAGCGAGCAUCCCUACCAAACCGAAACGAAUGGAAUAGCAAGCCAGAUCUCCCUCGUCUUCAUCCUUGUCGUCGUGUUCGCGUUGGCGUGCGUGCGUGAGUUCAUUCGCAGCCACGAACGGCGCACUGGAGCGCGGGGCAAGCCCGUGCUCAACGUCCGUUGGCGUAUGCGAUGGGAUUACGAUGGGAUUGCGGUGGGAUUGCGAUUGGGAUGGGUGCGCCUCCACACGAAGCCUGCCCGCAGCGCAAACUCCCAUGUCGUCGCACAGUGUCGAUUCCCGCCCACGCACCGAGUUCCCGCCCCGGCCUCGAGUAUUUCGAGGACGCAGAUCAGCGCAUAUAGCAUCGAUUGGCGGGGUUUCCAUUUCUUUGGGUCGGGUUUUUUGAGGAGCGUUAAAUGGCGCUACAUCGAUUAUUCAGGGCGGCAGUGGGUGAACGAGCGUAUACGGGACGGAUUGAUGGUCGAGGGAUUUCAGGGCUGGGCGAGCUGGCGGGGGUAG